GGGGGGUAAAGGGGCACGCACGAACGUCAGACGCUGCGUUGGAUCCCAAAGAAAGUUUUUUUUUGUUGUUGUUAGAAAGUUUUGAGUUUAUUUUUUUUCUCUCCUUCGUAAAUAAUAAUAAUAAUAAUAAAAGAUAUCCCUCUCUAUAUAAAUAUACAUUCCGGUCAGGGAAAGAGUUUGGCCUGCGUUCCGAUCGCUUGCAAAGCGUUGGAGAAAAUGGCAGAAACAAAGGUGAUAUAUCACGUUGAUGAAGAAGAAACGCCUUAUCUCGUUAAAAUUCCGAUUGCAGCCGAGAAAAUCACUUUGCUGGAUUUUAAACACGUUUUAAACAAGCCGAAUUACAAGUUCUUUUUCAAGUCUAUGGACCAGGAUUUUGGAGUUGUGAAGGAAGAGAUUUCUGACGAAGGCUCCAAGCUUCCCUGCUUCAACGGGAGGGUCGUGUCCUGGCUGGUUUCCUCGGACGGUCCCUGUGCAGAAGCUGUGGCCCCUCCAGUGGAGAUCAGACCGGACCCCUCUCCGCCUCCUCCCCCCCUGCCGCCCCCCCCUGCGGAGCGUACCGGGGGGAUUGGAGACUCCAGACCCCCCUCUUUCCAUCCGAAUGUCGCGGGCAGUCUGGAGAAUCUCGAUGACCAGACGGAAACGGAGUCAGUGGUCUCGUCUCGGCGAGAGAGGCCACGCAGGAAGGAGAGCCACGACCCGCAAUGGGGUCCUCGGCUGAACGGACAGAGCAGGUUAGAGCGCCACCUAGCUGGCUAUGAGAGCGCGAGCACAGUGAUGAGCAGCGAGAUCGAGACCACCAGCUUCUGUGACUCCGACGAGGACGACACCAUGAGCAGGUUCAGCAGCUCCACGGAGCAGAGCAGCGCCUCCAGACUGCUAAAGAGACACCGGCGUCGCAGGAAGCAGAGACCUCCGAGACUGGAGAGGACCUCUUCCUUCAGUAGUGUCACCGACUCGACCAUGUCCCUGAACAUCAUCACAGUGACCCUCAACAUGGGUGAGUUGCACAGCUGUGUGUGAACAAGUCCCUCGGACAAAACAGCGCGCUGGGUGCCCUUUCUACAAGUGCUACAGAAAACCCCUUGCGGUGUUUACCAGCCAGAAACUGUUUAUAGCCUGCAAAACCAAACGCUAGGGAGAUUUCUUAUAGAUUUGCUUGUCCGGUUUUUGACAAAACUGCAAGUGUCUUAUUCAGAGAGAGUAUGGAGGCUUUUUGUCUGUCUGCCUUUAAAAACUAACUUAACCCUUUGCGGUCCAUUUGUUCAGC